UAAAUUCCAAAGUUCACUGGAGCUUUUUUUUUUCCUCUUCAAUCCAAGACAAAAAAGAGACAGAUGUACAUUUCAGGCACUGAGGAAAACAGGAGAAGACAUCAGACGCUUAGGUAGGGCUGGUGUGAUGGAACUCGGUGACUUCAGUCUUGGCCACCAAGUUAGAGCGGCAGGAUGCACCGUGGGGGCCUCCACUCAGCGUCAUGCAUGGGGUGCCCACCAGAAGCCAGAGUGUGCCUGGCCCAGCUGCCUGGUCUGGCCAUGAUGACAUCACCUGUAGAGACUUUGCCCUGUCUCUCUGACCCACCCUUCAUCCUCUGCAGCCUAUUAUGCAGGGCCUCAGGGGCAGCUGUGAGGUUAACGGACCUGCUGCAGAUGCUGCCCAGCAGGUGGCGGGAGCUCCAGCAGGGCACAGCUGCAUCAGCCCUACGGCAGCCCUGCGCCUGGAGCGCUGUGUGCAUGGGGGGACAAGAGAGCAAACAAAGGCUCGUUCCAGUUGGAGGCGACUUGUCUAAGAUCACACACUCACAGCAGGACCGGGACCCUCUUUCUUCCACACUGACUGAGGUUACUGGCUCUUGGAAGACACGGACAGGGGACAUGGGUCACACACAGUGGAGGGUGGACAGGCCCAGGUGGGAGAUGACAGGCAGAGGCCUGGUAGAGGCAUGGCUGGGAGGACAGCCCCCCACAGGUCUAGGGGUGCAAGUAGAGAUGGUAGUCGCAAGGAGGUAGCCUUGGGGAGCCCUGACACCAGUCCUGUACCCUCACCCCUCUGUACUUGUGCAUCCUCAGAAAGAAUUUAGGGCUGACCUGGGCCAGUGACACCUGGCUGGAGACCCUGCUCUGCCACUAAUGAGAUCUGUGACCCAGAAAGGUCACUUUACUUCAUGGGCCUCCCUUUCCCUGUCUGUAAAAUGGUCUCCCUUUCCACACCCCAGGGCAUGAAAGGGUAAAGAGAAGUGGUGACCAAGGCCUCCACAGAGAGCCCCGCACUGGGCAGGAACUUCUCAUGUCCUCUGUGCUCCGGGCUUUGUGUCCCCAUCAGCCCGGGCCCCUUCCUGGGAACCAGCUCUGGGCUUGUCAGAGAGCCAAGCUUCUGUCAACCCCACCCGAGCUGGCCAGUUAAUGAGUGACCAGACCUCUGAAGCCUGGUCUAUAAGGAGCUGCCAGCUGGGAAGCAGGUGGGAGCCAGGUGGACAGCGGCAGCAGGGACACAGAGGGGGCAAGAUGGGCAGCAGGCCCCUGUUGGGAUGCCUGUCAGGGUUGGCUGUGGUCCUGCUGCUGCUGCUGCUGCUGCUGCUGCCGCCGGGUACACAGUCAGUCUACAUCAAGUACCGAGGCUACCAGGUCCAGCUGGAAUCAGUGAAGAAGCUGAAGGCCCUGGAGGGACAGUGGAUGCCCAGCCCCCGCCUGCAGGCCCAGAACCCCCAGCCCUCCGUGUGCAACCACCCAGCCCUGCCCCUGGACCUCCAGCCUGUGUGUGCCUCCCAGGACGCUGCCAGCAUCCUGCCGUCCUUGAGGGCCAUGGACAAUGAGGAGUGCGAGCUGUGUGUGAACAUCGCCUGUACCGGCUGCUGAGAUGGUCGUGGCCCCCCAGCCCACUGCCCCUGCAGCCCUCCACUCCUACCCGUGCUCAGCGGAGAAGCCAGGCCACAGGGCCAUCGCCACCUUCCCAGGGCCCUAGCGCUGGAUCCAAGCAGAGUUCAGCCCACUGCUUCUGAAUAAAGAUUCUGCCCACACAGG